GAUGGAAGCCUCGUAAUGCCGCAUCAAUGGAUGGAGGGCAAUUUGCCCGUUACGUCCACGUGCAGUGUUUGUAGGAAAAGGUGUGGGUCCAUGUUGAGGCUAGAAGAUUGGCGUUGUCUAUGGUGCCACGCUACUGUUCAUACUGCAUGCCAAUCCCAAAUGCCGGAGGCAUGCUCGCUGGGGCCAGCAAAAAUUUCGGUGGUACCACCCACUUGCAUCCAUUCAAUGGAUGACGUCAAAUCACAAGGGACUCUGUCACCUCUAUUGGUUUUCGUUAAUUCUAAGUCUGGUGAAAAUCAAGGUGUAAAAUUUCUACGACGUUUAAAACAAUAUCUAAACCCCGCUCAAGUGUUUGAAUUGUCUUCAACCGGACCUGGCUUGGGAUUAAGACUCUUCCGUCACUUUGAGCUGUUCCGGAUUUUGGUGUGCGCAGGCGACGGGUCAGUGGGAUGGAUUUUCAGUGAAAUCGAUAAGCUUGAUAUGCACAAACAAUGCUUGGUUGCUGUUCUUCCGCUGGGCACCGGAAACGACCUGGCUCGCACCCUAGGUUGGGGUUCAUCAUGCGAUGACGAUACUCGUUUGCCUCAGAUACUCACACGUUAUGAAGCAGCCAGUAUCAAAAUGCUGGACCGUUGGAGCGUUACAAUGUCUGAGAGGGACAUUCCUGUUGAGGACUCAAAGAUGUCUGUAACGAACGAUCAGAAAACAGUACUGUCGAAUUUCGUGGAAAUUAGCAAUUGCUAUCUGAGGAGCAUUGUCGAAACGGACGACUUUCAGGAUGUAAUGUCGUCUUCAAAAACCUUGUGCGAGAAAGUAGAUGAGUUUUUAGUGAAGAUAUCUGAAAACGUAAAACACGAUGAACGAUUAGCUUUAAAAUGUAACAUAGUACGCCAGAAAUUGGAAAUGCUCCUGGAUACCCUUAAGGACGAAGAAGCAAACAAAUAUGGUGAUAAUGAUUCAUUUCAGUUAUUGGCCGACAUCGUUGAACAUGGAACUCAGAAUGCAGCUAAAGAAUCGCCAGGUCCCUCAGGGCCAGACCCUGUAUUGCAGAGAAGAGAAGCACACGAGCCUAGCAACACCCGAAUUUUGUGCUCCAGAGAACGCAAGGUACUACAAAGUCAAACUGAAAGUGUAAAAUGGGCAAUACGUGACCUAAUGGAGCAUUCAGCACCACCUAAAAAUUAUCAACAAGAACCCUACGAAUCUCUCAAUCUUGGAUUUUCACCCCCCGACACGUCGAUAUGUUUAUCACCUUUUUCCAUUCCGUCAAUUAACAUUAUUUCACCAUCGAGUUCAACAACUUCUUCAGCUUCUAUAUCUCCUCUAUCGAAAUUUGAACCCACGCCUUCAUGCUCUACUGUACCCCAAUUCGAUAUAUCUAGUGAUGAAGCAAAGUGGGAAGCAGACAAUGCAGACUUUACGGCUGUUCCUGGAGAGCCGUUGAGCGCACUUCAACCGAUGGAAGUUCACAAAGAAAAUUGUUUAAUGCAACUGACUACGAGGGCACAUUGCGAAGAAAUAAAGGAGUCCAAUUUGCAGGAAUCCGAAAUAGUGGAUUCAUGUCAACUAAUAUCAGAUCUCAUCAUCCAAAUUGAUUCAUUAAAAACCAGCGAUUCUUCAGAACCCAUAGCAGAAGGACGCCCCGUUGACGACAUUAGUUCGAAACUUCACCAAGCAAGAGAAGAACCAGAGACGGCAGAAUUUAAGAUUGAAAACCAGGACUUAUCUACAGCAUACGCAAACAUUCCUUUUAGCAUUCAGGGCCCUAGCACCUCUUUAUCCUUCAAGAAGGAGGAAAACUCAAAUAAAUCUAAAAAAGUGCACCAAGAAAACAGGAGACUUCCAAUCAUUAAUCCUUUGGUGAAAUGUCCUGCAUUGUCAAAUUUUACAGUCGGACCAGGAUUAAUAUAAUUAUAUUUUCUAGUCAAUGCAGAAAGCAUAUGUGCUGCAGUAAAUCCUCUAAACCCUGGCGAGACAUUUGUGGAGAAACGCGUGAUGAAUAAUUAUUUUGGAAUUGGAAUUGAUGCAAAAAUAGCCUUAGAUUUCCACAAUAAACGGGAGAAACAUCCUAAGAAGUGUAAGUCGAGAACUAAGAACUAUCUCUGGUACGGAGUUUUAGGGUCCAAACAAUUGCUACAGAAAACUUACAAGAAUUUUGAACAACGCAUUCAACUGCAAUGCGACGGGCAAAGAAUUCAACUACCACCUCUGCAAGGGAUAGUAGUUCUAAAUAUACCCAGCUAUAUGGGAGGAACAAAUUUCUGGGGAGGAACUAAAGAGAACGAUUUCUUCCUUGCCCAGAGCUUCGACGAUAGGAUCCUUGAAGUUGCCGCAGUAUUUGGAUCGGGGCAAAUGGCAUUUUCUCGGCUUAUAAACCUACAACAUCAUCGAAUUGCACAAUGCCAAAUGGUUGAAAUUCAUAUCCUCGGCGAGGAGGCGGUGCCUAUUCAAGUUGAUGGCGAGGCUUGGCUGCAACCGCCUGGCACGAUUCGCAUCAUUCACAAAAAUCGUGCCCAAAUGCUUUGCCGCAAUCGCCAACUGGAGAUGGCCCUGAAGAGUUGGCGAGAGAAACAGCAGCAAUGUAAGACGUCAAUUCAGCGAGAACCAACUUCGAUUAGUAAGGAAAGCAUAAUAGUUGGCUCCGAGGACAUAUUCUCAGAACGAGAGAGCUAUGCUCUUUUGACCUUUAUCGAAUGUGUGAGUUCACUGGUUAAAUGGGUGGAAUUGUUCAUCAUUUCACAUCCUACUUUGGGAUCCGAGCUCUAUGCAAUUACAUGCCGAGCUCAGAAGAUUCUGGAAGCAACAUAUCCACAGAUCACGCAGGAAUCGAAAUCUAGGAUAAAAUUAGCCAAAUUAGAAAGUGUUGCAAGAAAAUUGCAUGAAGAAGCUUAUGCAUUGUUACGGAGUCACAGUCAAAGUCUGGACCUACGGGAGGGACUUGAAUCGAAGUUAGAGGGAGCCUUUGCGAAUAUGGAAAUGGAACUUAGGAGGACAAUUGUUCUUCAUGGUUUAGAUGGACACGACCGCCUCUUCUUCAAUAUUAUGGCACCAUUGCAACAAUUGCAGGAUUAUAUUAGAACUGUAAAAUUUUGUAAUCAUACAGGCCAGAAUAUGAAGAACAAUACUGAAAACUUUGUUGGAAAUCCUACUAUUGAUAGGAAAGUUUUAGUAGUUAAAUUUACUGGAUCCUAA